AUGGGGCAAGGCGGAGCGAUAGCCGGCGGCGCCGCGGUGGAUCAGGCGGUGGUGGUUGAGCAGGCUGUGGUCGGCAAUGUCGCGGUUGAUCAGGCCGUGGCGGUUGAUCAAGCGAUGGACGGCAACGUCGGGGUUGAUCAGGCGGUGGUUGGCGAGCCCGCGGUUGAUCAGACGGUGGUGGUUGAUCAGGCUGUGGUCGGCAAUGUCGCGGUUGAUCAGGCCGUGGCGGUUGAUCAAGCGAUGGACGGCAACGUCGGGGUUGAUCAGGCGGUGGUUGGCGAGCCCGCGGUUGAUCAGACGGUGGUGGUUGAUCAGGCUGUGGUCGGCAAUGUCGCGGUUGAUCAGGCCGUGGCGGUUGAUCAGGCGGUGGCGGUUGAUCAAGCGGCGGUCGACGACGUCGAGGGAAAAGCGGGAGCGACGUCAACCGGAAACGAAGCAGAAGUAGGAGACAGUGCCGCCACCGUUCGACGAGGGCGGACUGUUGGAGACGUGGCCGCGGAGCCCGAGCAAGAGGACAAGGUCGCCGACGCUCCACCCCGUGUGGGCGGCACAAACAGGACCAGCAAGGUCUCGGUGGCGCGCCGUAACACCGGUGCUGUCGUCGGCAAGGCUCGUAGCCCCAAGCCGCCACUUCUGUUGUGGCCGUCCUCGCACUCGCGAGUGUCGAAGGCGGCUGCAAAUCGGCCGGGCCAGGCGGUGCGGCCUCCCGUCGUGGCGGUCAAGUCCAAGAAGGGUGGCAAGUUCGGCUCCGCGGCGAACACUGGAAAGAGCGUCGCCGAGGACUGCCCAUCGAUAAUAACCGAAAAGGCGCACAAGGACUUGAUACCCCCGUCGGCCUCGGUGCCUCGUCGACGUGAGGCAAGCGCGGUGCCGACCAAGGCGAUCCGGAGUUGCCCGCCAAGAAAGCUCUCGCCGGGGCAGUGGGAAAGCACACCCCAAGCACCGAGGCCGAGUAUCGGCAGGUUACACUAUGGUGGCGAACGUUCGCGUCAGCGGGUGUUAGAGCCGCCAGCAAGCCAGGGUGCGGCGUCGGCAAACCCAUGGUGGCAACGGCGUCCCGUUGUGGUGGCCGAAGAGCAGGACGACAGGCUGCUACCGGUAGCCCGACGCGCCAUCAACAGCAGCAUCACCCGUAGCUACUGGCCGCUACCGGUGGCCCAACGCGCCAUCAACAGCAUCAUCACCCGCAGCUACCGGCUCCUACCGGUGGCAAGACGGCUCAUUGCCAAGAGCGUCACCAGCAGUCGGGUGAGGCUGACGCCGAUGGCACGUCGUACUACCAGCAUGGCAAACGAGGACCCCGCCGCUGCUUCAUUCAGCUUGUUCGCGGAAUGGUGGAACGCAUGA